AUGGCGGCCGCAGACACCAUUAAUCUGCCCCGCACCAAACUGCCAUUCUUCGACAUUGCCUUUCGCAACCUUGAAGAUGGUCACUACGAGGCCCCUUCAGACUACAACCAGGUGUCCCGCCAAUCGACCUCGAUUUUGAGAGACAAUGAUGCCUUGCUAAAGGCAUUUGGCACUUUUGUCCUUGCCGUGUCCGAUCUGGAAGAUGCCGCCUUCACAGCCCAUGUUGGCUCGGAGCGUCUGCUAGUGAUGGCCAAGGCAGCUGGCAUCAACGAGCAACUGCGAUCCUUUUCUUCCAAUAAAAUAACCAUUUCAUCCUUGCCUAUCACAAGCCCGAUUGCUGACGGCCUACUUGAUUUCGAGCUUCAAAUCAUUGGAUCCGAGAGCGCCUCCAAGGUCCCCAAGCAGCUAUCCAGUACUCUGGUUCUUGCCGUCUGCCCUACUGAAAAGGGCGACGUUGCCGAUCUGCAGCUCUUUGUCGACGUCCGUAACGGCCAUGCAGAAUCCACAUCGCAACUCCUCGAGCUCGCCGCUCGUUACCUGGCCCCUGAGCCUGCUACAAUUUCUGAUACCUCCCUGAAAACGGCCGAGCCGUUCUCUUGCCGCCAAAAUGGCCCGCCCACCAUGAUCAGCCGCCCUCCCUUGCUGAAGAGCGAUCUCAAGCUGUACAAGAGCGAGGAAGAGUGCCCUGCCCUCUUUCACAGCGCUUUUGAGCGCCGCGCUGCCGAGUUCCCCGAUAACUCGUGUAUCGAGUAUAUUGCCGAUGCUUCUGGAAAGAUUGAGAAAUGGACGUUUGGUGGGAUUCACGCUCUGGCCGAGAACCUGAUGAAGGAGCUGCACAUUCUGGAAACCAACAUCACCUGGAACAAGCCCUUCAACGGUCAGCGUAUUGUUCCCCUUUACCUACCUGGCUGCCCCCAGCUUUACGCUGGCUAUAUGGGUAUCAUGAAGGCCGGUGGCGCUUUCUGUCCUCUACCUCUCGAUGCUCCUGCUGAGAGAGUCCAGGUCAUCCUGGAGGACAUCGAAGCCCCUGUCGUCCUCGGUCUUGGUAGUAACCCUUUCCCCGGUCUGGCCAUCGACACUGCUGAGCCUCAUAUUGCCGAAUUUCUUCGCAACAUUACUUGGGUCGACAUGGCCAAUCUUUCGGCCUGGCGUGCGGACAAGCCCGUCGAGUCUCUUGCUCCCACCCAGCCCCGGGAGCCCAAGGAGGAGGACCUGGCCUACAUUCUCUACACGAGUGGCUCCACUGGCAAGCCCAAGGGUGUUUUGAUCUCUCACAUUUCCGGCUGCUGUGCUAUUGGCGGCCACGACGAGGCUUUCCCUCACCUGGCCGUUGGUCCCGAGCUGCGCUGGUUGCAGUUUGCCAUGCCGACGUUUGAUCUCAGUCUCAUCGAGAUAUUUGUCACGAUGGGAAACGCUGGCACCCUUUGCGUUGCUGAACGCUCGCUCAUGCUUACUGAUAUCGAGCGCACCAUCAAGCUGUUCCAGGCCAACACCAUCUUCACGGUGCCCAGUCUGGCCACGCUCCUGCGCCCUUCCAAGGUGCCGUCGCUAACGACUCUUGUCGUUGGUGGUGAGCUGCUCAACAAGUACACCAUAGACAACUUUUCCUAUGACUCCCCUCGCGGCCCCGACGAGCCUGUGCGUCAUCUUAUCAACAUUUACGGACCUACCGAAGCUACUAUGGCUGUUGCUACCGAGGAGUCCAGCGUUACCACUCGUGGCUCCAUCAUUGGUGACUGCCUGCGCUGCGCUGGCAUCAUCAUCGUGGACCCCAACUCGGAUGAGCUCAUCGAGACACCGUCGCCUUUGACUGGUGAACUUGCUAUUAUUGGACCCCAGGUUGGCUUCGGAUACCUCAACCGCCCCAAGGAGACCAAUGCCGCUUUCAAGGACGGUAGCCAUCUGGGACUCGGCCCGGUGUACAAGACUGGUGACAGAAGCCGUAUUGUGUGGACCGCAGACGGCAAGCCCAAGGUUGAGAUUCUCGGCCGUCUCAAUAUGGAGCAGGUCAAGCUCAAUGGCCGCCGUGUCGAGCUGAGCGAAAUAGAGUCCAGCGUUGCCAAGUCGGAGCUUGUCCGCGAAGUUGCUACUGUCGUUCUUGGCAAGGCCCAGCUCGUGGCUUACUUGUCACUUGCUGAUACGUCGGACUCUGCAGAGGCUCGCGAGGCCGCCAUUGCUGACUGCCACGAUGUAGCGAACCGUACCAUGCCCGGUUGGAUGCGACCUAGUGACUACACGGUGCUGGCUGAGCUUCCUCGUACGGCCAGCGGCAAGGUUGACCGCAAGAUGCUCCAGAAGUGGGCGCAAGCAACCUUUGGGGUCUCUACGCCUAUACCUGCCCCAGAGGCCACAAGGAUUCCUGUUGACUUUACCAGCGAGGAGAGCGUCCGUGAACUCAUUCUCAAGACCAUUACUUCCAUCAUUGGCGAGUCGGCCGCGUCUACCGAUGCCGCCACACCCCUCUACACAUGGGGCAUCGACAGUCUCCAGGGCAUGCGCCUUCUGCAGACACUCCGCGAGUACGAGAUUGAAGGUCUCGGCCUCAACGACAUCAUGGUUGGCAACAGCCUCAACGCCCUCACCAAGCGCGCCAUGGAGCUUCACGCCUCCAAGGGCGCUGAACCCGAAGUUGAAAUGGACGAUGGCCCGAUUGAGAUUGAAGACGAGGAGGAGCUGCUCUUCCUCCCGCUAAGCGCCAAACUCAAGCACUUUGAAGCCGAGUGUCGCCAGCAGUGCGUCAAGGGUCUCGACAUUCCUGCCGAGGACAUUGAGCACGUCCUUCCCUCGACGGGCAUGCAGACUCGCAUGGUCGCCUUCUUCCAGGAGUGCGCCGACGAGAUUGGUCUUACCAAGCCAUACAUUGAGCACUUCCCCUACAAGGUUCCCAAAAUCUUCGAUUUCGACCGCUUCGAGACGGCCGUUCUCGCUGUACUCAACGAGCACGACGCGUUCCGCACCGUCACCUGCCCCGUCGAGCACCCCCUCACGCCCUUUGCGCAGGUGGCCCUGAAGAAGGGCUCGCCGCGCGCCACGCUGCCUGUCGUGCGCAUCACCUGCUCAACCUACGACGAGAGCCCCAACAGCCUCUGGAGCAAGACGAUCGGGCAGGCGCAGAAUUCCGCCUGCGAGUCGCUCGGCCUGGAGCACCCCGGUGCCGUCGUCACUUUCAUCUACGACGAGGCCCGCGAGCACUGCGUCAUGGUGUGGUCGCUGUUCCACAUGAUCUACGACGGCAUCAGCCUCGAGGUGCUGCGUCGCGAGGUCGCGCGCGCCUACAACGACCCGAGCACCGUCACCGCCAUCGCUGCCAAGUGCCCCAAGGGCGUGCGCCUGCCCAUCGAGGCGCACUACAGCGGUGAUUGGCUCGAGACGAGCAUGUACUGGAUGCGCGAGCGCGCCGGCGCCGGCAUCUUCAAGGUCGGCGGCCGGCAGCUGCCGGUCCGCGGCGACUACUCGGAGUCGUUCCGCAACGGCGACGUCGCGUGCGAGACGCUCGUCUCGAGCCUCAGCCUCGACGACCUCAACGAGCUGACGCGCAAGCACGCGCUCAAUUCGUCACUCGCCGUCACGCAGGCCGCAUACUCGAUGGCGCUCGCGCAGACCGUCGCCAAGCUCGACGGCGCCGACGACGACGUCGAGGUGCAGUUUGCGACCGUCAUCCACGGCCGCCAGACACCCGAGUCGCUCGACUGCGUGGCGCUCAUGCUCGAGACGCUGCCCGCGUACAUCAACUACAAGGGAGGCGCCGGCGGCGCCGGCAGCAAGAUGACGCACCGCCAGGCCGUGCAGCACAUGCUCGCCGAGCACGUCGACCAGAUGCCGCACGCGCAGAUGCCCUGCACCACCGUCGACUUUGCCAAGACGGGCCGCCGCCUCGACAGCUCCAUCAUCCUGCAGGCCUACCCCAAGCCGCCAAACGUCGCCGCCGCCGCCGCCGCCUCGGGCGAGAGCGGUGCCGACGUUGUUGAUGACCUGCCCGGGUUCAACCGCGAGGAGAACCUGCUCGCGCCGUGGCGGGAGACCUUUACCGGCUACCCGCUGCUGGUCGAGCUCUGGCAGGGCUUCGACCGCGCCGACGAGAAGCUGCGCAUCCGCUGCUCCUACAUCCCGACGUGGCCCGGCUACGAGUUCAUGUGCAAGGCCUGGGCCCAGGGCCUCAACGCGGCGCUCGAGGCCAGCCUGGUCCGCAUCCUCAGCAACCCCGACGCCGAGUUUGAUCCCGUGGCGCUCAUCAAGGCUGAGGCUGACGUUGGUGGCGCUGCGGCCGAGUCCAUGGACAUCUCUGCCUGA